AUGGGCCGUGACUCCCUCCCCUCGGCCGACUCCGUGACCAGCACGCCAGGACCAUCGACUGCAUCGCUACCGCCAAUCUCCCAGGCCCAGAAGAGAGCGUAUAGACAGAGAAGGAAAGACCCCAGUUGCGACGCAUGUCGGGAAAGAAAGGUCAAGUGCGACGCCACAGAGACGACGAGCUGUUCUGAAUGCUCCAGCCGCAAUGUCAAGUGCCAGUUCACAAAGGAGACCAACCGACGGAUGUCUUCGAUCAAGCAGGUGCAGGACCUUGAGAAACAGAUGGAGCGCUUGAGGCGAGACAACAGCAACAUGAGGCGGAUGCUUCAGGAGAGGGACGGAGCGAUGGACAUCGACUCUGAUGGCCUCGAGCAACUGCCCCUUCAGCUACCAGAGAUUGGCACCGAUCCCAAGCGGAGGAAACGACCAGCCCCUAUUCACGACUUGGCACGGGCAAGGUCCAACAUGCGCGUCUUCUCCCGGGGCAUCUGGAAACCUCCUGCUCAAUACCGCCAAGCGCCUUCGACCCCGUUGUUCGACCCCCAGAGGCCUGAUCUACCCCCGAGACAGACAACUGACCAGCUCCUCCACACGUAUUAUGGCUCUGCCCAUACGAUGUUUCCCAUUCUUCACUGGCAGACGUUCCAGACAGGAGUUGACGAUCUGUACAGGAUCGGAAGCACAAAGUCUGUGCAGCCCGCGUGGUUGUCGACCUUCUUCGCGGCCCUCGCGCUCGGAAGCCUUUUCAGCCAGGACCGCCACACUCAUCGUGCCUACCGAGCAGCAGAACUGUUGGAAGUCGCUAGAGGUGUGAUCGACCCGUGGAAUAACGACUAUGUGCUCGACAACGUACGCGCAUUGGUACUCGUCACAUUGUGCCUCAAUGAGAUGAAUCAGAAGUCGGCUGCCUGGACGUGGCUCGGCUCCGCAGUCCGAGCUGGGCAAGACUUGGGACUGUACUCGGAAUCCGGGCCUUGGCCCGUUGUCGAAGGGGAAAUGCGCCGACGAGUUUGGUGGACGAUAUACAUCCUCGACCGGAGUCUGGCACUCGACCUAGGGCGCCCGGUAUUGAUUGACGACUCUGACUGCGACGUCUCGCUUCCUGCCGGUGUCGAUGACCAUUACAUCCACGAGGGGGGCAUUAUGGUGCCUCCUGGCCGCGAGCCCUUGAACCACUCUUUGCUGGCUUUGAUCAACGUCAUCAGGUCAUACUCGUCUUUGAUCAAGACGCUGGCCGCGCCAGUAGUAGCACCGACUAGGCUCGCAACCUUUGACCAGCACUUCGUAACCUGUCUACGAGCUUUUCCCCCGGUUUGCGACACCUCUAGCACGGGGCAGAUCUCACCUCACCUCCUGACCCCAUUUACAUACCUCCUACACGCUCGUCUCGUAUUACACCGCCACAACCUCGCACCAAGCUGCUCGCCCGAUGUGCGGCUCGCCGCCAUGGAGCAGUGUACUCAUACGGCUCUUGAAACCGCCUCCCUCCUUUCGCGAGCGACCCCGAGCCUUGCAGACGGAGCUACCGCGCUUCUCACUACCCACAUCUUCCGUUGCGCCCUCUUCCUCCUCCUGGCAGGAUACUGGGACCACGCCACAACAUGCUUGCGUGCGCUUGCGUCCAUUGACAGCAAUCGCGACGUCGCGAUCCCAUGCGGUCGAUUCCUUGCCUUCUUUGUGUCCACUCUCGCAACCAAACGCAGUGAGUAUGCGGCAUUUGUCGCCCGAACGACACCCCCGAAGCCAUUCGCUCCGCCUCCUCCGCCUCAAGGCCGCCCGGGCCCUACGCCGUUGCAAGAGGCGCUCCUGCAAGACGAAGAGCUUAUUGCAUACGUCAGCGCUGAUCUGCAAGCGGCGCCGGAAUCGGCUUGGAUCUGGGCUGGUGGCGAGCGUGAGGCCAUCUUGUCCCCGACCUCACCAGGCUCCAUCACUGCCUCAGGCGGCGCCAGCAGUGGUCUGUUCAGCGUUGAACAACGAACUGGUCUCAGCGAGAACGAAAUUAAGGAAUGGGGAGGUUGGGAACGCCUCGAGGCAGCCAUGCGGGGGCUGGCCUCUAGCAACACUGCGCCAACACCGACGUCUGCGACGUGGUCUACUCUUCCAGCCGGCAUCAAGACCGAAGGCACACCGACACUGCCCAGUAUGAUGACUUCUGGUGAGGGAAGUAGCAACAACAGUCCGACCGCAAGCACCAAGGGCCGGCCCCAGGACAGGUUGAGCAUUGCAAACAUAAUCUAG